AUGUCUUGCGAUUUAACUGACCCAGCAAUUUCGGAAGCAUAUGAUGAGAUCGUUGGCGGUCAGGAUACUAACUGGCUCAUUCUCGGCUAUAAUGAUACGAGGGACAAAAUUUCUUUAAAUUCUAAAGGUCCCGGUGGUCUCGAUGAACUUCGCGAUAAUCUCAAGGAGGAAGAAGUACUCUAUGGUUUUUUGAGAAUAGAAAAUAGAUUCGUCUUCUUAACCUAUGUGAGCGAUCAAGUCAGAGCCGUUGGUGCAUUAUUUAAGCAGGCACAUCAAGUUCAAAUCAAUGCCUCCACCCCCAAUGAUCUUACUGAAGCGAAUGUGCGAAAUCGAUUGAAACUCGGCGACCCAGAAAAACCAAACUCUCCUCCAAAACGUGUACAAACUCAACCUCUCAAUACACCCCCGAUUUCUAGCCCAGUUCAACCUCAAUCACCAGUUUCACCAGAUCAAGAUCCAGAAUUCGAUGAAGCUGCCGCUAAACAGGAAUCCGAAAGACGCGCUCAGGAGGACGCUGAAAGACAAGCCCGAGAAAAAGGCGAACGCGACGCUGCAGAUAGACGAAAAGCUGAACAGGUUGCAAGAGAGGCUGCUCAGAGAAGAGCUCUUGAAGAGGCCGAGAAAAAGAAAAAUGAAGCUCUUGAACUAGAGCGAAAAGAAAGAGUGGCUGCUGAAGCUAAAGCUAAAGCAGAAGUCGAUCGUAAAGCCCGUGAAGAGGCAGAACGAAAACGUACUGAAGAACUCAGAUCUAAAUUUGCUGAGUUGGAAAAGAGUGGAAAGGUUACAUUAAGUGGUUAUAUCACAGUUCAAGGUGGUGGAGUUUACUUUUGGAAGCGUCGAUUCUUUGAACUUCGAGGAAAAACUCUCUAUUUAUUCCGUGACGAAACCGACAAGCUUCCUAUUUCUAAACUUGAACUUGACGGUCAAGUAACUGGCGUAACAGAUGCUCAAUCCGAUGUAUUGAUACUUAAUUCCUUUAAAGUGGAUUUCCGAUCAUCAGAACCUUAUUACUUCUUUUCGGAUGAUAAGAAAAACAAGGAAUUGAUUGUCGCUGCUUUAGGCAGAUAUGUCAAUGCAAAAUAA